UAUCUCUCCAUAAUGCGAUUAUAAGACAUUGUUGGAUUUCCCUUUCGAAAAGUUAACGAUAAUGGCCAUGCAUGAUUAAAGAAAUGUUUUGAAUUUUGUGAACAGAAAUAUGAAUGAAAACUCUAAAAAACUAAGUGAAUGUUUAUCUACGGUUGCAAAAGCAUUAAGCUGCUAUGAAUGGAUAAAAUAUUAUAGCAAAAAUAUCUGUACUGAGCCAUGGGUAAUUCGUUGUGGACACAGCUUCUGCAAAAAAUGCAUCCAAGACUUAAGAAAUUCGAAUCGAAAUUGUCCAAGAUGCGAUCUGCAACCGAUUACACGCCGAGGUGUUGUAAAGAAUGAGGAAUUGGAAAAAGUGAUCAAUCAGUUUUAUAAACUUCAGGAUGCUUUUAAAACUGACACGCAAUUCAAAUUUACCCAAGACAGGUUUGUACCUUCGCCCAUGAUCAACGACUCAAAAAAUUCGGAAGAAAAUACACUCAAAACUCCAAUAAAUAAUGUGAGACCAUCAUCGGGACAAGACUCUAAAAUAGCAUUGGCGAGGAAAAACAGUAUUCCUGAAACUGAGUAUUUUAGAAGAUUCAAGAGUUCGACUUUUAAGAAGAAUCGAGUUGAUAGUAAUAAAUCUCUCACUAUGAACAAUAAAAGAAGUUCUGAUAAAAUUGAAGAUCUUCCAGAUGAAGAAGUCGAUGGGCCUUUAUCUUCUGUAGAAGUCUCUAGAACAACACCAGAAAGAAAAAGCAGUAUUCCUGAUACAGAAUAUUUUCGUAGCUUCAAGAAUUUGUCUUUAAAAAAGAAUCGAAUUGAUAGUGAUCAAUCUCCAAUUAGGGAUGAAACCUAUUCUGAUGAAGUAGAAAGUCUUCGGGAUGAAGCAGAAAGUCUUGCAGAUCAAAAUGAAGAGGAGCAAAGCUUGAAAGAUGAAGGCAGUCAAACACUGUCAAGCCACGAUUCUGAUCUAGUUGAAUUCGAUGAAAAUCCUGAGGAGCAAAGUGAAGAGGAGCAAAGCUUGAUAGAUGAAGAAAGUCAAACACUGUCAAGCCAAGAAUCUGAUCAAGUUGAAUCUGAUGAAAAUCAAAGUCUUUUAAGUCACGAGUCUGAUCUAUUUGAAUCUGACGUCAGCUUUGAAGAACAAACUGAAGAGGAGCAAAACUUGAUAUCUGAAGAAAAUCAAAGACUUUUAAGUCAAGAAUCUGAUCUAUUUGAAUCUGACGACAGCCAUGAAGAACAAACUGAAGAGGAGCAAAGCUUGAUAUCUGAAGAAAAUCAAAGACUUUUAAGUCAAGAAUCUGAUCUAUUUGAAUCUGACGAUGGCCUUGAAGAACAAACUGAAGAGGAGCAAAGUUUGAUAUAUGAAGAAAAUAUAAGAUUUUCAAGUCACGAAUCUGAUCUACUUGAAUUUGAUGAAAGCCUUGAAGCACAAACUGAAGCGGAUCAAAGUUUGACAUAUGAAGAAAAUAUCAGAUUUUCAAGUCCCGAACCUGAUCUACUUGAAUUUGAUGAAAGCCUUGAAGAACAAACUGAAGUGGAGCAAAGUUUGGUAUAUGAAGAAAAUAUCAGAUUUUCAGGUCACGAAUCUGAUCUACUUGAAUUUGACGAAAGCCUUGGAGAAGAAAAUGAAAAGGAGCAAGCCUUGCUAUAUGAAGGAAAUCUAAGACUUUCAAGUCAUAAAUCUGCUCUACUUGAAUCUGAUGAAAGUCUUGAAGAACAAAAGGAAGAGGAGCAAACCUUGACAGAUACAGAAAGUAUAUCAUUUUCAAGUUACGAAUCUGGUGAAAGUCUUGAAGAACAAAAUGAAGAGGAGCAAAGUUUAAUAUCUGAAGAAAGUCAAACACUGUCCAGACACGAAUCUGAUCUACUUGAAUCUGAUGAAAGCCUUGAGGAGCAAAGUAAAGAGGAGCAAAGCUUGCUAUAUGAAGAAAAUCUAAGACUUUCAAGUAACAAACCUGAGGUAUUUGAAUCUGAUAAAGAUCAAGAAGUAGAGGAAGAUGAGGAGUACCCUGAUUCUCCAAUAAAAAGUGUGAUAUCUACAAGUUCAAUUUCUGAUGAAAUAGAAACCUAUGAUUUACAAGAAAUUUCAAUUGAAAUGGACAUUUCUUCGGAUAAUGGACUUCACACAGAAGAAAUGGUAUUUCCUUUGGUGUUUCCAUUUCCUGACAUGGACCAAACUGUUUGUCAAUCCAGUACCGAAACUGAGCCUCUCGAACAAUCCAUGUUUUAUCUGAAAUCUUGUUCUGCAGUUGCUGGAAAAGAUUUGUCUAAUACGAUUCACUCCAUUGAUAUGAAUUCACCAUCUGCAUGUGAAUCUCCUAAAAAUAUCUACUCUACCAAUUUUAAUCACACCAGUGAUUUAGAAUCUCUCCCUAUAUUUGAUUAUCCUCAAAGUAUCCACACUAAAAAUUUGAUUCACACCCUUGAUAUGGUUUCUUCUCCUGCGUUUGAUUCUCAAAAUGUCCACAGAAAAUUUCUCAGGAAAGAAAAGAAACUUGAUGAUAUUUUUAAUUCUUCUGGGAGAAGGAAACACAUUCCAUUUGCAAAGGCAGCCAGAACAAAUGACAUCAGGAAAAAGGUGCUUUUCCACUACUGUGGAAAACUGAGUUAUCAUUAUAAGUCAUUGGUGGAUAAAGAUAUUUUGACAGUAUUGUCGCCAGGUGAGAUAAAAAAUAAUCUCCCCAAGAAAAGUCCGAUGAAUCGAAAGUUAUUGGAUUUUGGUUUCAAAAUAUUUCAAGGGAAUUUGAACCCAGAUACUUUAAAGUUAAAUGGGAGUUCACAUUUGGGAAAAAGAAAACGAUCUGUUUCAAAAGCAAAAAAUGUAAUCGACAAUUUUGAAGGGGAUACAACCGAAGAUCUUAGUGAUUAUCUAAACAAAUUAGAUAAUGAUGUGGACAAGCAAAGACCGUUUAGUGCUUCUAGAAACGUAUCCAUUACCUCAGAAUCAGAAUUGUCGACUGAAAGCUUUAGUGUGAGACAGAUGAGAGUGGAAAAUAAAAAAACAGAAGAAAAAUUUAAAAUGCUAGGAUUCCCAUCAGUUUCUGGUACUGAUUCUUUACACGUCGAGCCUCAGUUCCUGAAUUUGGAUUUAAAGCAGGAAAAUAGAGUGGGUAAAAUAAAUCAUUUUAAGUCUCAGCUUCUUCCUUAUAGCCCAGUAACAAAUCACAUUGUUUCUCAGAAACUCUUGAGCAGAGUUGAGGAUUUAGAAGAAAGACCAAUAGAGAGAAUAAGAGCUUCUGUCGAAAAUGAUAACAUCUGUGAAUCCUUUCAUAUCGAAAAAUUUGUUGCUUUCCGUGAAGAAAAUCAGAAUGAGUGUACUUUUGAAGAUGGAGGAGAUAAUCACGUAGAUAAACAUUCAAUUUUGCUGGCGGACGGUUCGAGAACUCCAAGGCGGUCAUCAUUCAUCGGAAGUCGAGAUAACAGUUUGGAAAUUUUUGAAAAGAAAUUUAAGCCAAGUAGAGUCAUCAUCUUAUCGUCUGAUGAUGAGGAUUCUUCAAAGAAACAAGAUUAUUUAGUGCAAACAAUUAAGCAGGAACCUUCAAGCCCAUUAAAAGAACCAAACACCAAAAUAAAAACCAUACGAAGAAUUCGACAUACUGAUAGUACUUUCGGUUGGAGGGUGAGAAAGAAGGUCGCCAAGGAAUAGGAUCGCUUGAAUGAAUAAAAUGGAGAGUGGAAAGAUAUAUUGUGGAAAAGCGCCAUAAGAGGAUAAGAGGAUUUGGUCAUUUUCUGCAAAACGAUUAUGUACUUUAAUUUCGCACUCUUAAUUUAUGACAAAUGUGAAACGUGAAAAAAGAAUUUAACUUCGAUCGCUUAUGUGUAUUUUGAAUAUUUAAAAUAUUAGCGUUCUUUCGGUGUCUUAGAAAGCACUCGAGUCUGUUUAAAUAUAUAAUAUUGCAAUGCAUUAAGCUUUAUAAAAAGCAAUAUUUUCAGUAUCUUACAUAAUACUAAAGACUCAAUCUUUAAUCGCUUUAUAAUUGAGUUUUUGUUAUUUACAAGCAACAAUUACC